UGUCGUUUAAGAUCGAAUAUCCACAGAAUUCGCAAGAAUCAGGCACUGUCGAUGUAACAAAUAUGACGGUGGUGGGACACGUCCCUGCAGGCAAUGUUAAUAUGGCAUUCGUAGGACAUGUACCUGCAGGCAUUUGA